CUCUGAAUCCCUAAUUGCUGAGAUCACCCCCGGCCCCCAACGCUAUCUCCUCUCUCGACUCUCUUUCUCGUCAUUCUCUCACACGAGCUCAAGCUCUCGUCAGCUUGUCUCAUCUCGGACUCUCACCUCUCGUCUCCAGUCUGUCAAGCUCUCCCUUCGCUGCGCUCGCUUCGCCGGCGGCAGAAGCAGACGGAACCACAUCUGGUCCCUCGGGUGGUGGUGGUCGUCGUUUUCUUGCAUCUCACGGUCUCUGUCUCGCACCUGGUCUCGAUCUCUCCCUUCCCUGCGCUCUUCGUCGCCGGUAGCAGAGGCAACAGAUCCCGGUGGGCUGGUCUUCGUUGUCGUCUUCUUGCUCCGAACCUUGCCGUCAGCUUCUCCUUCGCCAUCAGCUUCCUUGGCGCAACCCGAUUUGUUAACGAGAGUUGUCAACAGUAGCUCCCAGUGGUACUGAAACUCAUACUGUGAUCGGAAUCAGGAAACCCUAAAUUGAGUCAUUAGCAUGCAGCAGGAAGGAGGAUCCGACACGGAAGUGACGUGGGAGGACCAGCAGAACAUCAAUAAGUUCGGAAGAUUGAACAAUCGCUUUCAUGAGCUCGAGGAUGAGAUCAAAAUCGCCAAGGAAACAAAUGAUAAUUUGGAAGAUGCGAGCAAUGAGUUGAUUCUCACAGAAGAAGAUGUGGUUCGGUUUCAAAUAGGUGAGGUCUUUGCACAUGUGCCAAAGGAUGAAGUCGAGAAUAGGAUAGAAAACAUGAAAGAGGUGACAAGCCAGAAACUGACAAAGCUUGACGAGGAGAAACAAUCUGUGGUUGCUCAGAUGGCUGAACUGAAGAAGAUUUUGUAUGGGAAGUUCAAGGACUCGAUCAAUCUCGAGGAGGAUUAGUAGCCUUCUUCUUGUUCAUAGGUCUUUUUGGGUUGAUUUGAACUCUAUUGGACUUUGAGAGUUUUUCAAUCAGAUUGUCCCAUGUUUUAUUUCAUUUCAUGUUUAGAGUAUUUUCUUGCUUGAACUCUGUUGGAAAUGGACCUCUUUCUCUUCA